CAGACAACAAAAAUAUUUUUUUUAUGAAUUGUCCUUGUAUCAUAUUUCAACAUGGUUACCAUCGCCGGAGAGGGAUAAAAGGGACAGUUAUUGAGGUCUCGCUCGGCUUCAAUUUAUCGACAAGUGCUCAUUCCUGUUCUAGUAGUACUUCCACAGAGUACUUUGUAACAUACUGAAAGUACUACUUCCAUUGGAAAACUAUAAGAGGCCGAUGUAUGACAUUUUCAUUUUCUUUUCACCAAUAUUCAGUUAGAUAUUUAUCCCCGAACUCGUAGUUUCAUCCCCCUGUUGGUGGUUUUAUUAAAGAAAGCAGGUCUGAGACUCAGAUUAACAAGAAAAAUUGAGUAAACAAUUCUUAACAACAAGAGAUACUUGUGAAGACAGUAAAAAAUGGACAACGUAUGUAGAAUAUGUCUCAAAGGGGGGCUUCUCUCCUCUAUUUUUGUUGAUAAUUACACAGUAUCUUUACGUGAUAUGAUAGAGUAUUGUAGUAAUGUUAAGAUAUGUGAUGAUGAUGGUUUACCUGAGCAAAUUUGCAGCAAUUGUAUAUACAAAUUGGGAGUGGCGUAUCAUUUUAAACAUUUAUGCAAAAGUUCUGAUGUACGUUUAAGGGAACAUCAUGGAUUGCAACCAGUCAGUGGAACUAGAGAUAUUGGCAUAAUGACAGAUUCACCGGACAGAUUUGCAAAAAACCGCACGACAUUAAAAAGGAUGGGUAAUGACAGAAUCACAACAUGGUCGCAUGAUGUUGCCGUUAUGACAGAUCCAUUUAUCCCUCGUGCUACAUUAAUAAAAAAAUGCAAAUGCAAACUGAGUCAGAAGAAGAGCAGAUCAAAUUACAAUAGGAAACCAGAAUCGGAAAAAAAGAAGCGCGGCCCUAAACCCAAACCGAAGCAAAGUCACACCUGCCAACAAUGCCAGAAAGAUUUCCGAUGCAAUGCUCAGCUAGAAGUUCAUAUGAGGACACACACUGGUGAACAACCAUAUUUAUGUAUGUACUGUCCGCGUGGCUUCUCACAGAAACACAACCUUACAAUACACUUAAGAACACACACUGGCGAGAAACCAUUUCAGUGCCAAAUUUGCAGUAGAAAAUUCUCAGCACAAAGUAAUCUUCAGGUACAUCUUAAAAUCCACUCUGGUCAAAAAGAUCAUGAAUGUUCAUUGUGUGAUAAAUCAUUUGUAACAUCCAGUGAACUGACUCGGCAUAUGAGCAAACACAGAGGUGUCAAAGACUUCAAAUGUGAUGAGUGCAAGUCUGCUUAUGUUCACCCCAGAGAUCUUAGACUGCACAAACUGAAAAAACAUGCAAACACAUCACAAAAUUCAACACAGAAUGAAGGUUUUAAUAACAGCAGUCAUAUUGAUAUAAUUGGUCUUGAAGAUAGAAGGGAAAUUCACUUAAAGAAUGACAAAGAUGUCACUCUCUACACUGGGCAUACAAUUGAUGUGAAAAAUGAACCCAACCACAGUUUCAUAGAUCUUGAAAAGGAGAUAUUUACAUUCCCUAAUUAGUGAAGUAAUUUACUUGAACUUUCGACCAAUUGAAAUAUUACUGCAUCUUAUUGCUAUGUUGGCUUUGCACUUUAUGUUUGUGUGCCCAAGCUGCAUUGUAAAUAAUCCAUUCCUAUAGGUAGAGAAUUGAAAUAUGUUACACAUAAGGAAUACAGUUUUAGUCAAGAAAACAAUUAUGUUUUAUAACCUUUAAUAUAGUCACAACUAUUAUAAAUUAAUGUACAAAAAAUUGUAUUGUUAAACUACAUUGAUAUGGACAUUUAAAGUAUAAUCAACAUUUGCAAUGUGUUUUUUUUUUAGAUGUUCUAGGAAACAAUUUUAAUAUGUUGUAGCAUGUACUAGAUGCUAAGUAGACUAAGUAAGGAUAUUGCAUCUUUGUGUAUGAUAUUCACUAACCAGUAUCCUUGUAACAU